CCCCAAAUGAAUGGAUCUGUUUUGCAUGCACGUUGCUAGAAGAUAUUGAUCUGUACUUUCAAUGGAGAAAGAGGAGGAGACCAAAGAAUGUUCCGAGAGAAUCAUCCCCUUCACCGGCCCGCUUGAACAAGUUCACUCGGAUUUCGCUUUAGCAAUCACUUUGCAGGAACAGGAGAGAGCCUUUGCAAUGCUCACGACCAUCGAAAGUACAAGUGAAGAAGACGAAGAAGAAGAAAGUGAUUUUUCUGAUAGUUAUCAUGAUGAUGAAGAUGAUAUUGAAUACCUCGAGAUCAGCCAGGAUAUUGGAGCCGAACUUGAGUUCCCCGAGGAGGAAGAUAGCAACAGUGAUGAAGAAAUGGAUGAAGAUGAUGGUCUAGACAUAGAUGAACUAUCUUAUGAGGAUAUGAUAGCACUAGGAGAGUUUAUAGGAGAAGAGAAGAGAGGCUUAUCGACGAGCGAAAUCCCCAAGUGCUUAAGUGCCUGCAAAUAUCAGUCUAUGGAGAUCAAAACCGGCAUUGAUCGGUGUGUUGUUUGUCAGGUUGAGUAUGAAGAAGGUGAAACCCUAGUUGCUCUUCAUUGUGAACAUCCAUAUCAUGCAGAGUGUAUAAGCAAAUGGCUUCAAGUUAAGAAGAUUUGUCCAAUAUGCAGCACAGAAGUUUCACCAGUACCCAACAUAGCUAAGACAACCUAGCUCUAGUUCUUUAAUUGUAAUAUUGUAUUUGCACUGUAAAGAUUGUUAUGGUUUUAGAUUUGUUUUAUAGCAUUUGAAUGCUUGGAUUAGUAGGAAUAAAAAGAACUAUAUAUAUAUACAAGCUUCAAAUGCACAAACACAGUU